CAGUGUGUCACGAGCAUUCGAGGGGGACGCACGCUGCCGUUCCCUCCCUCCUCCCCCCAUGUGCACGGUCGCCCUCACUCUACAGCUCCUCGUCCCGUCUACUAAUCCUGCGUCCCUCGCCCUAAUUAGACUCACGUACUACAGAGGGAAAGAAAGUAUAUUGUGGUUUUUGGUGGAGAUGAUGCAGUGGUGACAGUGACGAUGGUGAUGGUGGUGAUGAUGGUGGUGGUGAUUCACUCCUCUACUUCUUCUUCGCUCGAGACUUCUGAUUUGUGGCGGGAGGUGUGAGAGCAGACGGCGACGAGGCCUGAGAAUGGUGUCGCGCGGCGGGUGGUGGGGACGGUGGUGGUGGUGCUGGGCGUGGUGGCUGGCAGGGGCGGGGGCGGGAUGGGGCGCGGUCAUUCCGCCGCCCUGGGUCAACCACACCCUCAACCCGUGCGCCGCAGAGUCGUGGCAGCUGCUCCUAUGGCCGAGAGACUCCUCCUGCCACCGAAUAUUUACUCAGGGUCCGUGCGGGGAGACUCAAGAAUUUUACUUCAACGUGGCGGCAGGGGAGGGCCAGUGCCGGUGUCCUCGAGGCAGCCUCUUGCACCCAGACUCCCGUCGCUGCCACUCCCGUUUCUCCCGAGGACCCUGCCUGCCCAGGGAGUACAUAGACAGAUACGGGGAGGAUCUGCGGGAUGGGGAGGGGACGUGCCGCCCAUUCGACGAGUGUCCGCCCGGCCAGGUGUUCUGGCCGCCCGAUGGCGAGUGUUACCAGCACCACACCCGCGGCCCUUGCCUCAACGGCUACCUCAUCUAUGUCAACCCUAACACCGGGUUCCCGGACUGUGGGUGUGAGCGGACCGUCAUGUUCAGCAACUACUGGGCCUUAACGGGCCUAUGCUUCGAGCUGUUCCAGCGCGGGCCGUGCCUGGAUGGCACCAUCUUCCUGUACAAUGCAACGCGCGGAGCCACACAGUGUGGCUGCAGCCCCUCCAUCCUCACCAACUACCACCAGGACAGUGGCAGCUGCUACGAGCUGGGGCAGCGGGGACCCUGCCGCCCCGGCCAGCUGCUCGCCUUCAGUCCCGACACCCUGGCCACCCGAUGCACCUGCAGACCUGACCACGCCCUGUGGUCCCCUACUGGUUCCUGCUACCUGCUGUACUCUCGCGGGCCAUGCUCCAAGGGCCACUUCUUCACUCCUGCCACCAACGGCACGGGCAAGUGCCAGCUGUACCCGUGCUCAGGGACGCGCCGCUACCAUCCGUCCUCGGACACCUGCUACAGGCUGGGGAAGCGCGGGCCCUGCUCCCUCGGUAGCCUCUUCAUCUAUGAUGAGGACACGCCGCUGCAAGGCACGUGUGGCUGCAUACCAGAGCUGGUGGGUUUCUGGCCCAAAGACGGUCGCUGUUAUGAGGUGGGGAGCCGCGGCCCCUGUCCCCGCCGGCAGGUCCUGGACCAUGAUAAGACCAGCGCCAAGGCCCAUUGCAUCUGUGACCUGCGGAAGGGGUACAUAGCCUGGGAGGAAGACAGCUGCCACUUGCUCAACACUCGCGGCCCCUGCCCUGCCGGGCAGCGCCUCAUGGUGAAGCAGUGGCGGCCCCUCACUCCAGUGUGUACCUCAGAACCCGCCAUGCCCCUCACCCUGGAGCAGGACACCCCCGGGGCAGACUCUCCCUCACAGUUCCAGAUGAGUAACAGUGUGACUGCCGCUCGGGGCGACGACACCUUCAACGUGGGGGACACGAACGCAACUCUGGCACCCCCAACCUCUACCUCCAUCCCCGCCCCGGCGCCUACCCCUGCCAGCACCUCCGGGACGCGGUCUGGCCGUUCCAUGUCGGCAGGCAGCGAGGCUCGGGGUCUAUUGGACUCAACCCAUUUCUUGCUGCCUGAGGAGGACGAAGAGUCCAGCACUUUCUACACAGGCCAUCCCGAGGGGCGCCGCGCCCUAGAUCCCUGGUGGGGCACCCCGGUGCCUCCGUCCUGACCCUCGCCUCUCGCUAUUUCCUCAGUGGGCAUUAUCUUCCAGCGGCAUCAGCGCCACCCGCCUGUGAUACCCAACACUUUCCUCCCCGACGCCCAAUCCGGCGCCUCGCCGCCUGCGCCGCCCCGCCUCGCGUGACAACGAUGCCUGGACGCCAGUCACUAAAAACUCCUCAUCGAACCUGCCUCACCACUGCGCAGGAGGAGGCCAGGCUGUCACGGUGACUUUAGAUGGUGCAUAACGUGUAUGACCAGCCAGUGACGUGAAAAUGAUUCCUGCAGCUGAUGAUGAUGAUAAUGAGUGAUGAUAAUGGUAAUGAUGGUGAUAAUCAAGUGAUAAUACUUUAAGCAUUAAGACAAUAGAGCAACGAGUAGCACGCACUCACGAGGCCGCGUCUUUACGUCCAUUCCUUGACAGCAAUUAAUGACACUCGAGAUAAUGAUGCCGACCACGGCGAGGAAAGCCCAGCGUGAAGGGAAAGUCUGGGAGGCGAGGGAGGGAAGCGUGAACAACGUGCUUUCAAGUGUGUCUGGCCAUACAGCUGCCUGUCUGUCUGUGUCUGCCAGCGUGUCUUUCAAUCUGUUUUCAUCGCCUUGUACACACACAACUCGUCCGUUUGUUUGCUCACUCAUCAGUCUGUGUAUUACUGAUUCUCUUAAAUGCAUUGAAUGACUUUUA